GGCCGCGCUGAUGCAUCAUGGGAACUAUAGUCCUCAAUCGAAGCGCCUCCCCGCCUCUUCUCCCCCCGCCUCGCCGAGGUGUCAUGGGAACUGUAGUCCCCGCGCCCUGCGCGUGAACAUCUGCGCGAGGGGCGGCCCCUCCCCCUUCCCCUCCUGGGCUGUGGCCACGCGCGGCGGUUCCGCUUCCCCCUCCGGCUGCCGCCGCCGCCUCGGUGGGUCCCAUUGCCGCCAUUGCAGGAGGCUCUGCGCGGCGGCCGCGCCGUGCGAACCAGAGGUCCCGCCCCGCAGCCCGCUCGGCGGCCGGCUCCUCUCCGGAGCAGCGGGCAACCGCGUCCGCCGCCGGGCUUUGUCUAGCCAUUAAGAGCCAUGUCUGAUAACGGAGAACUGGAAGAUAAGCCACCAGCCCCUCCUGUCCGAAUGAGCAGUACCAUCUUCAGUUCAGGGGGCAAAGACCAGUUGUCUACCAACCACAGCUUGAAACCCCUGCCCUCUGUACCAGAAGAGAGAAAACCUAGGAACAAAAUCAUCUCCAUCUUCUCUGGCACUGAAAAAGGAAGCAAGAAAAAGGAGAAGGAAAGGCCAGAAAUUUCUCCUCCAUCAGACUUUGAACACACCAUCCAUGUUGGCUUUGAUGCUGUUACUGGAGAAUUCACUGGAAUGCCAGAGCAAUGGGCUCGAUUGCUACAGACCUCAAAUAUCACCAAGCUAGAGCAGAAGAAGAACCCUCAGGCUGUACUAGAUGUGCUGAAAUUCUAUGACUCCAAAGACACAGCAAAACAGAAAUACUUGAGCUUCUCCGCUCCAGAAAAAGAUGGUUUCGCUUCAGGAACACCAGCUCCCAAUGCCAAAGGUUCAGAGCCCUCAACAGCAGUGGUAGAAGAUGACGAUGAUGAAGAGGUUCCUCCUCCGGUUAUUGCCCCUCGACCAGAUCAUACAAAAUCAAUUUACACACGGUCUGUAAUUGACCCUAUCCCUGCACCAGCUGGUGACACUUGUGAUAGUGCUGCCAAGUCGGCUGACAAGCAGAAAAAGAAGACCAAAAUGUCAGAUGAAGACAUCAUGGAAAAGCUACGGACUAUUGUGAGCAUAGGAGAUCCCAAGAAAAAAUACACCAGAUAUGAAAAAAUUGGGCAGGGGGCUUCAGGUACAGUUUUCACAGCUAUCGAUGUGGCAACAGGACAGGAGGUUGCUAUCAAACAGAUAAACCUGCAGAAGCAGCCCAAGAAGGAGUUGAUUAUUAAUGAGAUCCUGGUAAUGAAAGAGUUAAAGAAUCCCAACAUAGUCAACUUCCUAGACAGUUUUCUUGUAGGUGAUGAAUUGUUUGUUGUGAUGGAGUACCUUGCUGGAGGGUCACUCACUGAUGUGGUCACAGAAACUUGCAUGGAUGAGGCACAGAUUGCUGCUGUUUGCAGAGAGUGUUUGCAAGCACUAGAGUUCCUACAUGCCAACCAGGUAAUCCACAGAGAUAUUAAGAGUGACAACGUGCUUUUAGGAAUGGAUGGAUCAGUUAAACUCACCGACUUUGGUUUCUGUGCUCAGAUCACCCCAGAGCAGAGCAAGCGCAGCACCAUGGUUGGGACUCCCUAUUGGAUGGCUCCUGAGGUGGUCACACGGAAAGCCUAUGGCCCUAAAGUAGAUAUCUGGUCUCUGGGUAUCAUGGCUAUUGAAAUGGUGGAAGGAGAGCCCCCAUACCUCAAUGAAAACCCUCUGAGGGCUUUGUAUUUAAUAGCAACUAAUGGCACACCAGAACUGCAGAAUCCAGAGAAACUGUCCCCAAUAUUCCGGGAUUUUCUAAAUCGUUGUUUGGAGAUGGAUGUAGAGAAAAGGGGAUCAGCCAAAGAACUGUUACAGCAUCCUUUCCUGAAAUUGGCCAAACCUCUGUCUAGCUUGACGCCAUUGAUCCUGGCAGCCAAAGAAGCAAUGAAGAGUAACCGCUAACAUUGUUGCCAUGGCCUUCAUCUUUUUUUAAAAAUCUUUAUAAUAUAUGAAAAUUGUUACUCUUGUUAGGGGGGUUGAAAAAGUCUGCAAAAGGGAAAAACGCUCACGCAGAAGACACCCGAAAUGAAAUAUGGUGACUUUUACUUAAACCCUUUUUAGGGUCUAAAAGGAAUUGUGGACUGAAUCACUGGUCUCUCACCUCUUUUGCAGACAGCCCAGGAAUCCUGCUUCCCAUGCCUGGGGUUUUAAGUUUUUUGAUGACUUCGCUGUAACAGUUCCCAUUCAUUGUGCUCUCUUGGGGACUUUCAAUACUUGAAUGACAGAUUCAAGCUUUUGGAGAGAGGCAUUAAUUUUAUCUGCUGAUCUUUCCUUCUCCUCCCCUUUUCCUGUUGUCUUUCAAGUUGCUUUGGCCAUCUCCCAUAUGACUAGAUUAACGGCAAAUGUGACAGAAAUGUGAAGGUACAAUUUACCCAUUUCCCCCCCCCUCACCCUUUACCAUACAAUUUAGCUGUGACUGUACUGUAGAAUUAACGACUCGGAUACUUAAGAAACUAACUUUAAAUGAAAUCUGCUUGUAAGUAGAGUAUAGGGAGAGGGGGAAGAGAAGAGUUCAGCUGUCUUUCUGAUCUGUAACUGCUCCGGGGAUUUCUAAUCCAAGAGAGAGACAUCUCAGUGUAGCAAAUUGUGGUGGGUCAGGUUUUUGGAGGUCAGCCUACACAUAUGAAGAGAAGGGAGCAGAUGUUUGAGGAAAGAAACACCCCCACCCCCUCCCCAUUAUAUUCCUUUCUAUUUCCAUCCCCCCACAACUUCCCGAGACUUGUUGGCCAAGGCAGAAGGGAUGUCUUGUGUGGUGUAGUGGGUGGUCUUAAAACCAAGUGUUGUAUCUAUGCUCUUUCUUGGGUUUCGGGAUUUAUGCUGGUGCCUUUGACUUUUUUUUACAUUUCCCUCCUUUGUAUCAAAUGAAUUUUUGUAUAUGUUGUAAUUUUAUUCCCAAAAGCAAAUAAUGCAUCAACCUAGGAGUUGUCAAGAUUUAAGUAUUAGCUAUUUUUUCCAUUUUUAUAUGUGCUCCAUUUCUACUAAUGAAAUCAAAAGAACAAAUAAUUCAUCAGAAUGAAGAUCCAAGACUUUUUUUUAAAAAUAAUUCAAACAGGAGCUUAUGAACACCUGGGAAUGCCAAAGUGCUGUUCUAUGGAGACAAAGUCUGAGGCGGGAAAGUAGCUUCAUCAGACAUGAAAGUGGCUUACUUGAGUGGCUGAUGUAUGACUGGAGAGAGUCAUCAUGUCAUGAUGGCCCCUUUUCACUAAAGACAUUUUACCAGCUAGGAUGGCAGAAGAUAAUGUUUAGUGCAAGAAAAAAGUGCCUUCCUAUAAGAGCUAGUGAGUAACUUGAGUUCUUGAGAUGGUGCCAACUGAAGUGGUAACAGUAGAAACCAUAGAAGUAUCCCUGGUCCCUGAUUUCAGCCACUGAAAUUGCUGCAUUUAUACCUAUAGAUUAUUUUCAUAAGGAGCUGUUUGUAACUGUAAUGUGCCAAACAAUGUGCAUGAAAGAAUAGCCACUAAUUUGGUGCUAAGCAGUUAUGUUGCAUUCCCAACUGGCAGUGCAUGUCAAGCAGAGAGAGUCCAGGUCCUGGGGUGAGAUGAUUCUAUUUGGUGUCUGACAAAUUGCAUAAACCAGAGUUUUACAUAUGCUCUUUUUACUGUGGGAAGGCCCUUUUCUUCUGUGUACGAAUAAUUUCAAUAUUUAUAUGUGGAUAGAAAUGGCUGUGUUGGGUUUUGGUAACCAAGAUGUAGCUCUGCCUAGAGCACCUGAAAAAAUUAGCUUUCACUUCCUGAGCCUAUAUAUCAUGGGGUUUCAUUCUCUCAGAACUUAUCCUUCAACAAAUCGUGCUAGCAGAUUGCUUUGCACCAACAAGAUACCUUAUUCAUGUAGGAAAUAGAACCCACCACACUUCAGUCUGAGUUCUUGUAACCACUAGUGCAGGGGUGGGCAAACUUUUUGGGCUGAGGGCCACAUCUAGGAAUAGAAAUUGUAUGGCAAGCCAUGAAUGCACACAAAAUUGGGGUUAGAAUAUGGGAGGGGGUAAGGGCUCUGGUUGGGAAUGUGGGCUCCAGGGUGGGGCCAGAAAUGAGGAG